AGACCGUCUCUUAGUAACCAAAGAACUCAACACGCUGACAAAAGCAGAGGUGGAAGCCCUGAAGGCAGGCAGCCUGCCUCCCACCAAAACUUUGGGCUUUGAGCAGGGUAUGCAAGAAGCCCAAAAUGGGAAAGAACUGGGAGCAGAAGAGGAGUUGGAGGAACUGGGAGGCAUCAAUGAGCAAUUAAUAAGGAAACACCAGCUGCCAUUCUCAGCACAGUCAGCUUUCAGCUAUAUUCCACCUCGACGCAAAGAUCCCCCUGAACACAGCUACUUUCACCAAGAGAGUAAGCCAGGAAUUGUUUCCCUAUAUGACUGCAUCUUUAAAAGACCCAUAGGCUAUGAUGAAAAACUCCACCGGUGCGACAGAGAACAUGCAAAAAGCAGAGGACUUCAUAUUAAUGAUGAGGAAAAAGCGAGGCCUGUGGCAGUCUUGUCUUCCUCUGAAUAUGGGCGACGCAUAGACAAGCCUGUGGAAGAGCUGAGCCGAGAUCAUGUGCGCAUUAAACAUGUACAAGCAGAAUUCUACAGGAAAAAUGGAAUAGCUUGCUUGGUAGAAAAAUCCUCCAAAAACAUUGAACCAAUCUAAGGCUGUUUGUUGUGACUGGUGUAAGAACGCAAUGUCUCUGGCUUUUUUUUUUUAUAUACUCAUCCUGUAGUGUGCUACUGUGAUUCGGGGUCAAUUCCAACACUACAUAUCAUCCCUAUGAAAUCAUUGCAGGGUUGCUAAAUUAAAUGGGCCAUGCCGUCUUUGUAUGUGUUCAUAACAUAGUGACAUUGUGCAACUAGCAGCUUGCACUAGUAUUCUACAAAUAGCAUAACAGAAGACAACACUACUUAUGAAAGACUCUGCAGUUACUCCCAUCUAAAAGGGAUUUCUGCUUUUUUCAGUGCAUCCUGCUUGCUAAAGCAACCAUGCAUUUGUCUGAGAGUACCAGCUCUACCACUUCUUAUGACCUGCUAAAAACAUGCAGGUUAGUGCUUUGAUUCAUAAAUGAAUCGGAUGUUGGAUCACAAAUGAAAGAGUUGACAACAUUUGUUUUGGCUUACUGUGUCUUUUAUCUCAGUCUUGGAAACAAAACCUUAUGUUACAUAUCUUUUCAGUACCAUGUCUUACCAGCAUUAACAAUUUACUUUAGUUCUAAAACAAACUUUCUAAUUGAUCUGUUUAGAAUGCUCAAAUGAUGAAUCUGCAAAAAUAAAACUAAGAAAAAGUUA